GGAAAAAAAAGAGGAUUUAUUCGCAAAUAUUGUAGGUUGUGCAUGAAGCUGGUCAACAACGUAUCCAAACAACUAUAUCGAAGUGACAGUAAUGCAUCGAACUGGCGUGAGCUGAAUAUAGUUUUGUGCAUGCCUCCCAUGCCUCGGUGAACAAAAGAUGUAAACAAUUGACUGCAGCAGCGAUGUUGGGCAGUGUUUAGAUCUAGCCUACAUCAUGUAGCCUCGUCCUUCGCCGCAUGCCGUUUGUCAGAUCAAAGCGAUUGUAAUAGACACGUGUAGAUAACGGUGCAUCGGUUCACUAGGCAACAGGUCCCGGGCGUCAGUUGACGUGGACAAGCAUGUGAAUAUAUGGCGAAAUGAUCUCAUGACGAAAGACAAUCAUUUGUUAGAGCUAAUCAGACGAGUCGACAAGUGGGUGAAGUGCGCGCGUAACUCCGCGCAAUAACGUUCGCGCACUGUAUAAGGCUGAUUGCCAUGGUCUAAAUAGAUAUAUGGAAGGACAGUUGUCAGCGUUACCAAGCAUGUUCAACUGAAACAAGUCAUAACAGUAACGAGAUCCGGCCAGACUCGGAUGGUUUCGUUAGAAGAUGGUGGGAACUGUUAAACAACAUGCAAUAACGUCUGACUGAUGAUGUCCUUCCGGCAUGAGACUCCGGCAGUAACAAUGAUUUCAAGAUUAUGUGAAACCUUAGAGGCACGAAAAUGUCACUAGCUGAAAAAUUUGGUUCCCUUUCCAUGAACUCUGACAUUAUAAUGGGUGGUUCAUCAAAACUGGACGAGGUCUUCCUACCUUUAAACAUGAACAACGACUCCAGAGGUGAGAUGGAACCCUUGCAGAAACAGGAUCAAUCAAACAACAUCCUUUCCUCACAAGCGAACUUCUUGGACAAUCUUGUUUCCGGGGCAACUGAAAAUGCAUCAACUUCCAAAUGUUACCAAGCGUCCAUUGCAUCCUUCGUGAUGAUUGCAGUUGUCAUCUCAGCGUUAAUAUUUGGGCAUCAGUUUAUAAAAGACUUACUGAUGUGGCUGACGGAGGUGGACUUCUUUAUAAGCUAUGCCAUCUUUUUAGCGCUUCACAUCGUUGUGUCGUUUCCCAUUGCAUGGGGCUAUGUGUUGUUGAUGGUGUCGGCCGGGUAUUUGUAUAGUUAUAUUUACGGUCCACUCGUCAUCCUGAGUGGAGGCCUGCUUGGGGUUUUUGUAUCUCACCUGACAAUGAGAAACUGUUGCCGAAGCUAUUUUUAUCGCAAGUUUUAUAACGGCAAGGUUGAAGCAGUCAUCAAAGUUGUUGAGAGUGACCAAGGGUUCAAAGUGAUUGCUCUUGCAAGACUGACGCCGAUUCCAUUUGGACUUCAGAACGGUCUCUUUGCUCUGGCCGAUGUGCCGUUAUGGAAGUACUGCCUGGCGUCGGUCGUGGGUCUGCUGCCAAUGGCGGUGCUCAACUGCUACCUGGGAUCAACACUGAGGUCAAUGGAGGACGUUCUGGGAGACGGCUCCAACAAAACAACGGGAUAUUUUAUAUUUGCAGCUCAGCUCCUGUUUACAGCUGGUGUAAUAUUUUUUGUGGUGCGCAAAGCACGAGUGGAACUGAGGAAAACAGUCGUUGAUUUGAAGGAAGAGAAACAUGCGCCAAAUACUGACGAUGUGUAUGUUGAUAUGAACAACGAAAGCUGAGAUUAGCUGAAUGCAAAGAAAUACUGAGAUAUAUUUAUUGUUAUCUGUUACCAUGGCUGUUUAUAUAAUAUAUAUAUAUGGUUUGGUUGUCAAAGAUUGCACAUAUGUAUAAAAAGGUUACCGGAGUUGCAUUAUUAGUUUGAAUACAUCCUGUGAAAUCAAUGCAUAUGUCCAAGGAAUGACAGUGUUGUUUAGUUGUACACGAUUCCAGAUUCUUUUCCAGUGGGUGUGAUUGGUGUUGCUGUGAGGGCCAUUAUGUCAGGGGCAUAUUACAGGGAUUUUUCUAGACCUGGGGCUCGUUGUACAGAACAACCUUAGUGCUAACGACUUUAAGCCUAUGUUAAGGUAUGGGAGUUACGAUCACCUUAGCGCUAAGAUCGCAUGGUACAACGACACCCUGCUCAGAAACCGAUAUUUGUCCCCAAAUUCCCGAAGUGGAAUAAAAACUAUUCCAGGGGUUUCAUUUUAUAGUCAUAACUAAUGUUUAAAUAUGGCGUUGUGGAGGUGACUUUUAUUUUUCUGAAUACAGGCUCCAUAAGGUAGAUGCUUUAAUGAUUAGUUUCACAUUAUUACAUUGAAUGCAAUGCAUACCUGAAUUAAUUGAAAAAAGAGCUUUAAAAAAACAUGAUAACAAUGUUUUCCCAAUUUACCUACCAAGGCACUUUGGAACCCAGAUAAGUCCCAGUUUGGAGAAUGGAAGGUUGUUAGAAUGUUCAACAUUAGAUGAAAAUAUGGUUAUAUUUGUAUAUGUAAUUCUUUUUAAGAUGUUUGUUAAAUUAUUCGUCUUAAUUCUAGUAGAUGAGAAAAUGUCCACUUAGUGUGUUUCAUAGUGUCCUGUAUGCACUAUAAGUAGUUGUGCAUGCAUGAAAAGGAGUUGUGUAUGUAUGAUAAGUAGUUGUGUAUGCCUAAAUAGAUGUGUAUGUAUGAUAAGUAGUUGUGUAUGCCUAAAUAGAUGUGUAUGUAUGAUAAGUAGUUGUGUAUGUAUGAUAAGAGGUUGUGUAUGUAUAAAUAGAUGUGUAUAUAUGAUAAGUAGUUGUGUAUGUAUAAAUAGAUGUGUAUGCAUGAUAACUGGUUGUGCAUGCAUAAAUAGAUGUGUAUGCAUGAUAUGUAGUUGUGUAUGUAUGAUAAGAGGUUGUGUAUGCAUAAAUAGAUGUGUAUGCAAGUAGUUGUGUAUGCAUGAUAUGUAGUUGUGUAUGUUUGAUAAGUAGUUGUGUAUGUAUGAUAAGUAGUUGUGUAUGUAUGCUAAGUAGUUGUGUAUGCAUAAAUAGAUGUGUAUAUAUGAUAAGUAGUUGUGUAUGUAUGCUAAGUAGUUGUGUAUGCAUAAAUAGAUGUGUAUGCAUAAGUAGUUGUGUAUGCAUUAAGUAGUUCUGUUCUGAAUAGAUGAAACAGAAACUCAGCCUUCUUUCUUGAAACAGAUGUCAAGUAUUACUUAUAAAUGUGUCCUUGAAAGGGAAAAAUAUCCAAACAUAAUGUUAAUGCUCAUAUUUGUAUUUUGACCAGACCAUUUUGA